CAGAAGGCGGACCAUCCCAGGGCAGGAGGACAGAAUGUCACUGCAGCUGCUUCUGCUGCUGCCUGUGCUGUGGGGAGUGCCCACGGCUCAGGAUCACAGGUACCGGCUGGAACUACAGGAGUCCGUGACAGUGCAGGAGGGCUUGUGUGUCCUCGUCCCCUGCAAAUUUUCCUAUCCCAGGACCACCUUUGGAAUCCUCCAUGUGUUCUGGUUCCGGAAAGGGGCGGAUAGAAACCGUGAUAAUCCAGUGGCCACAAACAAAAGAGAACAGAAGCUGCAGGAAAGCACCCAGGGCCGGUUCUUCCUCCUUGGAGACCCCCAGGCCCAAAACUGCUCCCUGAGCAUCAGAGACGUCAACAUGGGGGACAGUGGGUCUUACUUCUUUCACAUGGAGAAAUACUUCACGAAACACUCGUAUCUAGAUAAGAUGCUUUCUCUGAAUGUGACAGCCCUGACUCACAGGCCCGACAUACUUAUCUCGGGGCCCCUGGAAUCAGGCCACCCCAAGAACCUUACCUGCUCUGUGUCCUGGGCCUGUGAGUGGGGCACACCCCCCAUCUUCUCUUGGACGUCAGUUGCUCUCACCUCCCUGGGACACAGGACCCUCCUCUCUUCAGUGCUCACCCUCACCCCACGGCCCCAGGACCACGGUACCAGCCUCACCUGUCAGGUGAAGUUCCCUGGAGCUGGUGUAACUCUGGAAAGGACCAUCCAGCUCAACGUCACCUAUGCUCCACAGAACAUGGUCAUCAGCAUCUUCCAAGGAAACAGCACAGCACUCAAGAUUCUGCAAGACGCCUCAACCCUUCCCAUCCUGGAGGGCCAGGCUGUGCGGCUGCUCUGUGUGGCUGACAGCAACCCCCCUGCAGAGCUGAGCUGGUUCCAGGGGUCCCCAGCCCUGAACGCCACCCCCAUCUCCACCACCGCCAUCCUGGAUCUUCCUCGCGUAGAGACUACAGGGGGAGACUUCACCUGCCUCGCUCAGCACCCGCUGGGCUCCCAAAAUGUCUCUGUGAGCCUCUCCGUGGUCUACCUCCCACACCUGCUGGGUUCCUCCUGGUCCUGGGAUGACCAUGGUCUGCACUGUGUCUGCUCCUCCCGAGCCCAGCUGGCCCCCUCCUUGCACGGGCGGCUGGGGGAGGGUCUUCUGGAGGGCAACAGCAGCAAUGCCUCCUACAUGGUCACCUCCAGCUCCGAGGGGCCCUGGGCCAACAGCUCCCUGAGCCUCAGCGAUGGUCUCAUCUCUGAUCUCCGAAUCAGUUGCGAAGCCUCAUAUGUCCGUGGGGCCCAGGGAGCCACUGCCCUGCUGCUGCCAGGUAAACCAGAACCCAGGGCUGGCAGGGUCCUGGGAGCAGUUGAGGGAGCUGGCAUCAUGGCCCUGCUUUCUCUCUGCCUCUGUCUCAUCUUCAGAGUGAAGACCUGCAGGAAGAAGGCAGCCCAGCCGGUACAGAGCACGGACGACGUGAACCCAGUUGAGGGCUCAGGCUCCCUGGCUCAUCAGCACCAGUUCUGGACAGACUCCCCUUCAGACCACCCAGCCCCCGCUUGGGCGAGCCCCAUCUCAAGAGAGGAACCAGAGCUCCACUAUGCUUUCCUCAGAUUUCACAAGCCUCCCAAACAAAAAGGCACCAACACUGAGUACGCAGAGAUCAAGACACACAAGUGAGGAAUUAUUUUCUCACAGUUCUGGAGGCUGGAAGUCUGAGAUCAACAAGUCAGCAGGGCUGGUUCCUUCUGAGGCCUCUCCCCUGGGCUUGAAGACAGCUCUCUCUUCCCCAUGUCCCCAUGGGGUCUUCCCUCUUCUUACAAAGAUUUCCUCUUCUUAUAACAAUACCAGAUGUAUUGGUUUAGGGCCCACCCUAAUGACCUCAUUUGAACUGAAGUACUUCUUUAAAAACCCUAUCUCCUUACCGUCACAUCUUGAAGUACUGGGGGUUAGAACUUCAACUUAUUCAUUUUAUGAUUUUUUAGCCCGUAACACUCAGCCUCCAAUUAUUUUAAAAUUAAUGGCCUUCUUCGCAAUGGAGUGAAUCCCCUAGUAUAUGUGGAUGACCACAAGACUUGUGUCCAAAAGAACUGAGUUCAAAUCCAUCAAUGCCACUCAUUGACUGAGUCCCUUUGUGUCUCUGUGGUUCACUUUACUGUUCUGUAAAGCAAGGGAAUCAUCCCUCUAACCAGAUUAUUGUGAAAGAGACAUGAAAGUGUACAAAAAAUAACAGCUAACAACAGUCCUGAUGUGAAGCUUUUUGUGAACUCUGAACCCAGGCUUGUGUCAGGACUUUUGCUGGCUGUUUUACAGAAAGUUUCUGCUCACAAUUUCUCCUAAGGCUUGGAGGGGCCAGUCCCAUAGGCCACAGAACCUUAUCCCCUAGGAUUGGAAUUGAGGCAAGGAUGGCUGCUCUUACCACUUCUGUUCAACAAUAUACUGUAGAUCCUUCCCAGAGCAAUGAAUGCAAGAAAUAGAAGUAAGAGCUCUCCAGAUCCUAAAGUAACAAGUAAAAUAGUCUUUAUUCACAGACAUGAUUGCACAGUUAGAAAAUCUAAAAUUACCCACAAUGAAGUCAGUAACACCAAUAAAAGUGUUUACCAAGGUGUUAAGACACUAGUUCAAAUGACAAAAUUCCCUUGCAAUGCUAUGUAUUGGCUAAGGACAGUUAGAAAUCGAAUAUCUUUUUAAAGAUGCAACUUACAGUAAUGUGAAACUAUGAAAUAAAUUGAAUGAAAUAUAUGCAAGUCUUGUACAUUGAAAGAAUACAAAGUAUUGCUUAAAGAAAAGAAGA